AUGGGCCUCAUGUUUGACGGUAAAUGCAAACCCUCUGCCAGCUCGCCUCAGUCGGGUCACAGAGCCCGAGGAGCUGGUGGUGACAUUUUGGGGUUGUGUGUAGAGGGGUGGUGGGGGUAUGGGGAGGUGGGGGGCACGGCGUCUGUUUUGGAAAGUCGACCCGCUGCUGAGACGGCCCUGGGAGGCUGGCGGCUCGGCACGGCACGGUCUGGAAUGCGAGAGGAGGGCUGUUCUGUGAGGAGAGUGUUCUGUGCACAGGGCUUAGCUUAG